AUGGCCCUCAUCCUCGGCCUUCUCGCCCUGGCUACCACCACCACCCAAUCUCCCCUCUAUGCCCCGCUCCCUAUGGAUUGUCCCCGACCCACAUGGCACGUCACCAAUUUCCACUGGUACAACGGAUCCCAGAGUCUCGACUGCGUCCACAACGAAGUCGACCGCCAAGCCCAAGGCUGUCUCUGCACAGGGGGAUGGUGCAAGCCGGAUCCCGCAACCUGCCCGGGGGUGAUGGUUCCGCUCUGCGCCACGGGGAUGCCCAACUACGAGCCAUGGGGCUACGGUCCGAAACAGACGCUGGACAUCAAGUUCAAGGAAGGCCCGACCUGUCACGACGAGUACAUCGGAUAUCGCAUCCACGAUAUCGGUAACGGACCGAGUAACUGCGGAUAUGCGGAUCGGGGGGAGGGACGGAUCAUUUCGUUCUUCGGUACGACCAAUCUCGAUGAGUCGAUGGGGCAUCUGGAAUACACCCUCGGACAUGGAUAUGCGUUGCAGUGUGAGGAUGGCAGGAAAAUCACGUAUUCGGGGAGGGUGGAUUUUAAACUGAAUUGUGUGCAUGAUGCAUUUUUUAAUGCUACUUGUACGGCGGAACCGUUUGACGUGCCUGUUUUGACGUUUGAAUAUGUCUGA